AAGAACUUUUUACUCGUGAUAACUCUACAUGUGGAGUAUGAUCACAGCCAUGGUGUGAUAGUGUUAUUGUACGAUCCAUAACCGGUGCAAUUGGGAUAUUUAUGGUCUGGAGUUGAAUAUACACAUGUUAUUAUAUUUAAUAUAGUGAACUAAUGAUAAAAAAUGGCACACAGAUUAUUAAAAAUUUGUGUGACUUCCCUUCAAACUCCUUUUAUCUCACGGGUUUUGAAUUCAGGAACUUCCUGUGGUACAUUACAGUGUAAACCAGGAUAUUUACAAUUUCUAAACCCACCUGUACAUUUUCGAAAUGCGACGUUUUUUAAUCGAUAUCCCGCUGAUCGAUUGUGGAAAAGUGCAACCAAUGUUAGUAAUGCUGGUAAAAAAAGAGGAAGAGCUAAAUCGAGAAGAAUGAUAAAAAAUUUAAACAGAGGUCAAGUGAUUGGAGUUGGUAAGGUCAAUAUAGUUUGGCCAGGAUUGAAUGCUCCUGCGGUGAGAGGAAGAGAGCUGGUUCAGCAACAACAACUUCCAGAAAAUCCUGAAAGAGAAAAACAAAUUUUUAAGUUAAGAGAUUCAAUGCAAAGAAAAAGGAAGGUAAAGUUACACCCUUUAGAAAGAGGCUGGAGUGGUAGAAAGCCUGGUGGUAGGAGAAUGGGACCACCAGAUCCUAUUGGGGAUGAAAAAUUUGAGGGAUUUGACUCAGUUAUCUUGGAGUACAAAUUGGUGACUGUUAUGACUGGAAAUAUGGGAAGAAAACGAAGAGUGAGUUGUAUGGUAUUAACAGGAAAUAAAAAUGGGUUAGCAGGGGUUUCUGUAGCUAAAGCACCCGAAGGAAAGGCUGCAUUAAGAAUUGCGAAAAAUCGUGCUGCGAUGAAACUCAUGUUUAUUAACAGAUGUAACGAACACACUGUUUACCAUGACUUUUUCUGUCAGUUUGGAAAAACAAAAAUUUACGUUACAAAAAAAAGUGAAGGGUACGGAUUGCGGUGUCACAGAGCUAUUAAAAGUUGCUGUGAGCUUAUUGGGAUAAAAGAUUUACAUGCUAAAGUCGAAGGAUCUCACAAUUUGCAACAUAUAAUUAAAGCUUUUUUUAUCGGUUUAUUACAACAGAAAACUCAUGAACAAUUGGCUGAAGAAAAAAAACUGCAUUUAGUUGAAUUUAGAGAUGAAAACGACAUUUUCCCAACUGUAGUGGCCUCUCCUACCCAAGUUAGGAAGUCAGAAGAAAUACAGCCAGAUGAAAUCAUGGACUUCACUCAGUACGUUUUGGGGGGUAAAGUAAUAUUAAGAAAAAAGAAGCAUCCUCCUUUCUUUCAUAGCUAUCUUUCGUGGACGAUCAGGAAGCGGAAGACGGCAUGGUUGAGAAAUAAAGAUGAAGUUAGAACACGGUUAUAUGCAGAGCACGGAGAAUUAAGGAGUUUCUAUACCGAUAAAUAUCCAGAAGCAAAACCUUCUCUAUGGAACAAAAACUUGAAAGCUAAAGAGGAAGCUGAAUUCGAAUAAGUAAAGAUUUUUAAGCACUGUUUGAAUAAAUUCGUACAAUAAAAUUAA